UGGUCCAGUCCCUCGCUCACCACCUGGCGCCGAACGCUCCGUAACCAAUCAGCGCUAGCGGACUGGCCUCCGCCUUCUCAAGCCCCGCCCUCCGUCUUUAAUCCUAAUCGCUUCCGUCCAGCAGCCUCAGAGCCACGCGGCGCGGCCUGGGAGGUGAUUUCUACGCUUUUUGGCGCCACUUUCCACAUCCUCGGGCCGCUGCCUAUUUGCAUUUGAGAAUUUGAUUUCCUCUCCGGGACCCGUGACCCUCAGUCUACUCCUCCUAGGACUCCAGUACGCACCUCAGGGACCGAGAACCAGGCGCCUAGCCGUGGGAUCCCGGAUCUCGGUCUACCGGAGUCAGGCAUCCGGAUCUCCGCCACCUGGAUUGAGUUUCUUGAAGACCUCGGCCACUUGGGCGGCCUCAAGCCUUUCCCGGAGUCGAAGAUCCCCACGUCCUGGUCUGAAGAGUUGCCUCUCCUCCCCACCACCACACCAAAAGAAAAAAAAAAGAAAAAAGAAAACCAACCCAGACACUCUCAGCUCCCAGUUUUCGGGGAUCCGACAUCACCAGGAAAAAUAAAGGGGUCUCGGAGCACAGCCCAGAGAGAUUAGGAUACGCCAGCCUCCGAGAUCCUGUGAACACACAACUUCAAGGAGCCCUGCAAAGUUCCAGCCUCUACUCUCCGUCCCGAAAACAUUGCACCUAGUCUCUAGGCGCGUAAGGAACCCCCAGUUGCGGCUCAGCAUGGCGGUGGAUCCCCCCAAGGCCGACCCCAAAGGGGUCAUGGCUGUGGAUCCCACAGCGAACGGUGCGGUGCUAGGCUCCAGAGAGGACCAAGGCGCGAAAGCAGGUGGUUGCUGCCGUUCCUGGGACCAGGUGCGCCGCUGCCUUCGCGCCAACCUGCUGGUGUUGCUCACGGUGGCGGCGGUGGUGGCCGGCGUGGUGAUAGGGCUGGGGGUCUUGGCGGCCGGUGGUGCUGAAGCGCUGGGCCCGGCGCGCUUGACCGCCUUCGCCUUCCCGGGAGAACUGCUGCUGCGUCUGCUGAAGAUGAUCAUCCUGCCACUCGUGGUGUGCAGCCUGAUCGGAGGUGCGGCCAGCCUGGACCCUAGCGCUCUCGGCCGCGUGGGCGCCUGGGCGCUGCUCUUUUUCCUGGUUACCACACUGCUCGCGUCUGGGCUCGGCGUGGCCUUGGCUUUGGUGCUGAAGCCGGGCGCCUCCUUUACCGCUAUCAACGGCUCAGUCGGAGACACCGGUGUUCACAGUGGACCCACCAAGGAGGUGCUGGAUUCCUUCUUGGAUCUCGUGAGGAAUAUUUUCCCCUCCAAUCUGGUGUCUGCUGCAUUCCGCUCAUAUGCUACCUCGUACGUAACCACUAACACAUCUGCAAUCCAGCAAGAUGCCCCCUGUAUACAAAGCAAGAUCUAUGAAGCCAUGGUCCAGCAAACCGUGCCCUGUACAAAAAGAGAGAUCAACGCAACCAUGGUCCAGCUGGGAUGUGAGGUAGAGAGCAUGAACAUCUUGGGCCUGGUGGUGUUCGCUAUCAUCUUUGGUGUGGCCCUGAGGAAGCUGGGGCCUGAUGGUGAACUGCUCAUUCGUGUCUUCAACUCCUUCAAUGAUGCCACCAUGGUCCUGGUCUCCUGGAUUAUGUGGUACGCCCCUGUGGGCAUCUUGUUCCUGGUGGCCAGCAAGAUUGUGGAGAUGAAAGACGUCCGCCAACUCUUCAUCCGCCUCGGCAAAUACAUCCUGUGCUGCCUCCUGGGCCAUGCCAUCCACGGGCUCCUGGUUCUGCCCCUCAUCUACUUCAUCUUCACCCGCAAGAACCCCUAUCGGUUUCUGUGGGGCAUCAUGACUCCUUUGGCCACAGCUUUUGGGACCUCUUCUAGCUCUGCCACAUUGCCUCUGAUGAUGAAGUGCAUAGAGGAGAAGAACGGCGUGGCCAAACACAUCAGCCGGUUCAUCCUGCCCAUCGGCGCCACGGUCAACAUGGACGGGGCGGCCCUGUUCCAGUGUGUGGCCGCGGUGUUCAUUGCUCAGCUGAAUGGCGUGUCCCUUGACUUCGUGAAGAUCAUCACCAUCUUGGUCACAGCUACAGCAUCCAGUGUUGGGGCGGCAGGCAUCCCUGCAGGGGGUGUCCUCACACUCGCCAUCAUCUUAGAAGCUGUCAGUCUCCCUGUGAAGGACAUCUCCUUAAUCUUGGCCGUGGACUGGCUAGUGGACAGGUCCUGUACCAUCCUCAAUGUGGAAGGUGACGCGUUUGGGGCAGGACUGCUUCAGAGUUAUGUGGAUUGUACCAAGACGCCGAGCUCUGAGCCUGAAUUGAUCCAGGUGAAGAACGAAAUGCCUCUGAAUCCACUGCCCCUCACCACAGAGGAGGGGAACCCCCUUCUCAAACAGUACCGGGGACCCGCCGGGGACGCCGCCUCCUGUGAAAAGGAGUCUGUUAUGUGAAUUUCAGGACUUCAUAUGCUUUGGUGGCAUCGCAUUGGAAGUGGUGAUAAUGAGGGCUGGAGAAACAGGCUGGUGUGGACUCGGAUGGACUGUUUACACAGUCCGUGAGCUCUAGGCGUCCCUCCUCCUUCCUGCAGUGGGUAUUGGGAGCCUCCUUGCUGGGGUGUAUGUGCUUUAUAUGAACGUGUCCACAGAUCUGCCCCCCAUCCUGGUUCCUUCUCUGCCACCCAUGUCACCCAUCCAGCCUACCUGUCUACCGCAUAGAGUUCUCGAUCCUUUGAAGACAAAUGCAUUGUGAUGUAGUGGCUGUAGGUGUGUGUGUGUGUGUGUGGUGUGUGCACGUGCGUGAGUUCUCUGACCUUCCCUAGUCUCUCCAUGACAACAGCACUUUCCCACAAGUCCUGAGGGAAAGCCAAAGAUAAAUAUUGUCACUCCAGAGCACAUUUUUUUAGCAAUAAAAUGGUGUCAA